AAGAACUUAUCCAGCUACCGAAACAGGGUAGAAAAUUGACGAUUUAAGUUUUCUUUUCCAAAAAAAAGGAAACAAUCCCACAAGCCAAGCCUUGCAAUUACUUCUAUUGACGCCUUUUAACGUCUCCUCUCAUUACACAGGCACUCCAUAUUCGUCCACCAGUCAUUGUUAUCUCAGCCACAAUUCACAUUUAUCGUCCAGCUCUAAUUCUCUCUCUUUUGGGUAACGUUGCUUGCGCUUCACAUUCUUUCAUGUGACCCAGAAAGUGAAGUACAGAAAGACUAAGAUUUUUUUUGAUUGAAUUGAUUACACCAAACUCCAUGCCGCCUCCUGUUGAUUUCAAAGACAUUCAAGAUAAGCUCUCCUUUCACUUUAGGCCUUGGCAACGGUCCUUUCAGUUCUGGGUUCGCGCAGUUGAUGUUUAUACUGGCUACAAGGUGUUUCAACUCCGAGUUAGUUUAGUGAAGGAUGUGCAAAAGCAGGAAGCAAUGUGGGAAAGGCAGCAUGAGCUGGCAGCUGACAAGAUUUAUGCCAUGUGUUCUGAUCUUGGUGGGUUCUUCCUCAAGAUUGCUCAGAUCAUAGGGAAGCCUGACUUGGCUCCAGCUGCAUGGGUGAGAAGGCUCGUUACCUUGUGUGACAGAGCUCCUGCAACACCAUUUGAUACCGUUCAACUAAUGCUGGAGAAAGAAUUAGGUCGAAGUGUUGGGGAAAUGUUUGAAAGUUUUGAUGUAGAACCUCUUGGUUCUGCUUCAAUUGCACAGGUCCAUCGAGCAAGAUUGAAAGGUGGAAAGAGCGAUAUUGUUGUCAAGGUGCAACAUCCUGGGGUUCAGGAGCUGAUGAUGACAGACAUUCGGAAUUUACAAGCAUUUGCUUUGUACAUGCAAAAGACAGAUAUCAAAUUUGAUCUAUACUCUGUGACCAAAGAAAUGGAGAAACAGAUUGGAUAUGAAUUUGACUUCAUAAGGGAGGCUAAUGCUAUGGAAAGAAUACGGCGUUUUCUGUAUGAGAAUAACAAAAGAACUCCUGUUGUGGUGCCACGAGUGUUGAAGGAUAUGGUCACCAGGAGGGUCUUGAUGAUGGAAUACAUUGAUGGAAUCCCAAUCCUUAACCUUGGUAAUGAAAUAGCCAAAAGAGGAAUAGAUCCUCGUGGUAAGGUUGCAGCAGCAGCAAAGCAGAACAUACUUAAAAGUCUGACACUAGCAUAUGGGCAAAUGAUACUGAAGAGUGGUUUCUUCCAUGCAGAUCCUCAUCCAGGAAAUAUCUUAAUCUGCAAAGGUUCAGAGGUUGCAUUGCUAGAUUAUGGGCAAGUGAAGGAUCUCCCAGAUUCAUUGAGGCUUGGAUAUGCUAAUUUGGUACUUGCUAUGGCUGAUAAUGACCCUAUAAAAGCAUCAGAGAGUUACAGAGAGCUUGGCAUAGGUACAUUGAGCAGCUGUGAGAAUGAACUGCAGGAAUUGCUUAAGUUGGCACAAACGAUGUUCGAUACUAAACUACCCCCUGGUGUAGUGAUGUUGCAGCCUUUCUCAGAGGACUCUUCAAUCAAAAAAAUUGCUGUUGAGGCUUUCCCAGAGGAGCUAUUUUCUGUUCUUCGGACGGUGCAUCUCUUACGAGGUCUUAGUGUUGGUCUGGGAAUCAAUUACUCAUGUGCAGAACAAUGGAGACCCAUUGCAGAAGAGGCAUUGUAUCUAGCUGGCAGAUUAAAAGGUGGUUUCUAAGACUAAAUUGUGAUGCAGAUUUCAAGACUAGAGUUCGUAAACGCCGAUUGUUUAGAAGAUUACUUUGGAGGGAGUAAUUGACUAUUAAUUAAGUAAGUGUGAAGCAUUACUUUGGAAGGAGUAAUUAUAGGCAAGUGUAUCAAUCGAACAUAUUAUCAGUAAAUAGUUGCCUGCUAUUGUUUACUUCAGUUCCUAUGGUUAUCACCACAAGUUUCUGCGUUGUGCUUCUCUACCAUUGUCUUGGAGGCACAUAAUCUCUCCAAUGCUUUACUGCUGAAUGCUUUCUUGAUUGACAAAGAAGCAGGAACAAAAGGAGGGUCACACCCAGAUUAUUGCAAAGUCAACAACAGUUUCUUAUUCUUUCAAAGCUUUUCUCAAAGUUCACUUUGUUCCUCUUGCAGAGUUCGAUUACAGUUUAAUGUUAUCAAAUUCAUUUUUUUUAGCAUAAAUUACUUGCUAUAAAUUUGGAUCAUGCCACUGUAAGAAAACAUGACAUAAUCAAGAUGCAAGCUUUUAACAA